CAAGAACUCGAUGGUGUCCUCUGAAGAAGAGCCAGCAGCUUACAUGUGAAUAUGGUUCCAGGAUGACGUCCACGCUUUGCACGCGGAAAGUGGGGCACAAGAUAACAACCACACCAGGGGCAUGAUUUCCAUUGCUGCACCUCAUUCUCAUUCUGGACUCGUGCGACAUACAAACGGUCACUGUACUCGACCCCUCUUAGCUACACAGCACAGCGUAUUGGUAUCUAUAUACCUCCACACCUUCUCCAACCAACAACAGAACACAAAGUGGCGGUUUCCACUUCGCCGAACGACUCAACCUCACCGAUUCCCAAUGAUUCAAUAACACUCGUGGAAUACCCCCCGUACGCAGAUCCGCUGCUAGAUCUCAAGAGCAGCGAAGACGAUUCGGGAGUUAGUUGACGGAAUAAGAUCGAGCGAGAAAUCAAUACACUGGAGUUAGAGACUGAGCUGGACACCGUUGGACCCCAAGGCCUCGGCGAGCGUUGGCAUAAAUUGGCACCGAAGCUUGAGUUUCCUGGGCAUCAAUUUAGAUUGAUAAUAUUAAUUGGAGGAAACAUGCCGACUCUUGCGAUCACGAACUUCAAUGUCGUUUGUUCGGUACUUGGAGGGUUUAUCACGCUGUUUGGGCUGGUGAGCUAUUUGUUCAAGGAAAAGUUUUACCUUUCCGAGGCAUUGAUCUCCCUCCUGGCGGGCGUUACAUUCUCUCCCCACGCCACGAACUUCGUCAAACCACUCGAGUACGCCGGGUCCGAAGCAAACCUCAAUGCUAUAACACUGUAUUUUAGCCGUUUAGUCCUCGGCGUACAGUUGGUUCUCGCAGGCGUCCAACUUCCCAGCCGCUAUCUGCAGAAAGAAUGGAAAGCUCUCGCUCUCCUCCUCGGGCCAAUCAUGACCUGCAUGUGGGUUGCCAGCAGCCUUAUCAUCUGGGCUAUGGUUCCUCAUCUACCAUAUGUCCAUGCCCUGGCUGUCGCGGCAUGUGUAACGCCCACCGACCCAGUGCUGUCGAACUCCAUUGUCAAGGGCAAGUUCGCGGACAAGAACAUUCCGAAAGAUUUGCAGAAAAUCAUUGUGGCUGAAUCAGGCGCCAAUGACGGGUUGGGAUAUCCCUUUUUGUUUGUGGCGCUGUAUUUUGUCAAAUACACGGGUCAUGGGGGAGCAGGACAGGAAGGGGGAGCUGGCAAGGCUUUGGGAAUGUGGUUUGGAGAGACGUGGGGGUACACGAUCAUUUUGUCUCUGGUGUAUGGCGCUACUGUUGGCUGGAUCGCUAAAGAACUUUUGCAUUGGGCGGAGGAGAAGAAAUUCGUGGAUCGAGAGAGUUUCUUGGUUUUUGCAAUUACCCUUGCUUUGUUCAUUGUUGGAACAUGUGGUAUGAUAGGUUCUGAUGAUGUUCUGGCAUGCUUCAUUGCGGGUAACACGUUUACUUGGGACGAUUGGUUUCGUCUCGAGACAUUGGAUGAUUCCCUGCAGCCAACUAUCGACAUGCUGCUCAACUUGUCUAUCUUCAUAUGGUUCGGAGCUAUUUGUCCGUGGCAUUCAUUUGUCAGUAAUGAUAUCAUUCCUGUCUAUCGAUUGAUCUUCCUUGGUGUCUUAAUCUUGCUUUUACGACGCCUCCCAAUUGUCUUCGCAAUGCAUAAAUUUAUCCACCAGAUUGAGGAAAAGAGACAAGCGAUUUUUGUCGGUUUCUUCGGUCCUAUCGGUGUAUCCGCUAUCUUUUACCUGUAUAUCAGUCUCGAGUUUCUCGAAACCAUCACUGUGGAUGGUGAACAAAGGGAAGAUGCUAAGCGACUGGGUGAUACGAUCAUGAUCGUCGUCUGGUUUCUUACCAUCUGCAGUAUUGUAAGUUGCCAUUUCCUGAAACAUGAAUGCCUAGAUAGGAAUGUCAGUAUGUCGGAAUGAUGCUGAGAAUCACUCCCAGGUCGUCCACGGUCUAUCCAUUCCUCUCGGAAAGCUCGGCUUUUUCCUCCCACGCACGCUCUCGCGAGCUUUUUCCACAAACAAUGACGAGCCUGGCUCCUUUGCUAUAAGCAACUAUAGCAGGUCGUCUUCUAUAGCUGGUGUCUUGAGACAGCGUCGUAAAAAGCCUUCGGGGGACUCUACACCGAAUGAACUCGCUUCGGCGUCGGCUUCGACGCCGACAAGACCAAUUUAUAAGAUCGGUGGAAGCGUCAUUGCCCAGAGAGGUGGUGAGAUUGGAGGUGGUAACUCUGGGCCAUCUGGUAGUGGUGGUUCUGGAGACCCUGAGACGAGGCCUAGUACGCCGCCUGCCAUUGCAUUGGGGAGGACUAUUCGGUUUCCGGAUGAUGAGGAUCAGAUUCAGGUUGCAAAGUGAAAGAGUUAAGAGAUGGAGAAGGAAAUGAGGAAAGGGGAUAUUUCGGUUCCCAGGUUUUUGCUUCCUAUUGUCAUGAUGUGCCGAAGUGUGGAAGGAUCUCGGUGCCAUACGGAAAUAGCUCCCUCUCGAUCAGAGUUCAGAGGGGAUGGCUCGAAGCAGGGAGGUACAUAGGUACAUAUAUAUAUACA